UAAACAUCAAAGGAGUCCUCCUGCUGGCAGGUUGAGGAAGUGGUGUAGUUCUCUGGCCCAGUAUUUUCACCGGAUUUUUGUACUUUCGUGUAUUAAGUUUUUUAUAAAACUAAUAAAGUGUAUCUAAUAAUAUUCAAAGAUGCCGAGAGACAAAGCAGCUGAACAACUCAAUGAUUUCAAAGAAGCACAAAAGGGAAAAAAUGAAACCCUAACAACUGCUUCAGGAUGUCCAAUUGGUGACAAGUUAAAUUCUAUGACUAUCGGGCCAAGAGGACCUUUAUUAUUGCAAGAUGUUGUCUACUUGGAAGAAAUGGCACACUUUGACAGGCAAAGGAUCCCUGAAAGAGUUGUGCAUGCCAAAGGUGCUGGAGCAUUUGGUUAUUUUGAAGUAACAGAUGACAUCUCUAAGUACUGCAAAGCAAAAAUCUUCAGUGAAAUUGGAAAGAGGACUCCUCUUGUGGUUAGAUUUUCCACUGUUGGCGGUGAAUCUGGCUCUGCUGAUACCGUCCGAGAUCCUCGUGGUUUUGCUGUGAAAUUCUACACAGAAGAAGGAAAUUGGGAUUUGGUUGGAAACAACACUCCGAUUUUUUUCAUUCGAGAUCCUCUGCUGUUUCCUAGCUUCAUUCACACCCAAAAAAGAAAUCCUGUUACACAUUUGAAGGAUGUUGACAUGUUCUGGGAUUUCAUAACUCUGAGACCAGAAACCACACACCAAGUUUCCUUUUUGUUUUCUGAUCGGGGUAUUCCAGAUGGAUACAGGCACAUGAAUGGAUAUGGAUCCCACACCUUCAAGCUUGUUAAUGCAGAUGGUGAAGCUGUCUAUUGUAAAUUCCAUUACAAAACUGAUCAGGGUAUUAAGUGCUGUCCAGUUGAGAAAGCUAAUGAUUUAGCUGGCUCUGAUCCAGAUUAUUCCAUUAGAGAUUUGUACAAUGCUAUUGAAGCUGGUAACUAUCCUUCAUGGACCUUCUAUGUUCAAAUUAUGACAUUCAAGCAAGCUGAAACUUGGAAGUUCAAUCCAUUUGAUCUAACAAAGGUUUGGCCCCACAAAGAAUUCCCACUGAUUAAAGUUGGCAAAAUUGUAUUGAACAGAAAUCCUAAAAACUACUUUGCUGAAGUUGAGCAGGCCGCCUUUUCUCCAGCCCAUAUGGUGCCAGGAAUCGAACCAAGUCCUGACAAGAUGCUUCAAGGAAGAUUAUUUGCUUACACUGAUACCCACAGACACAGACUGGGAACCAACUUCUUACAGAUUCCUGUCAAUUGUCCAUACCGUGCGAGAGCAAGAAACUAUCAGCGAGAUGGACCUCAGUGUGUGGAUGAAAAUCAAAAUGGUGCUCCCAACUACCAUCCCAACAGUUUCAGUGGUCCAGUAGAAGACAUUAAAGCCAAAGAAACAUCUUUCAAGGUAACUGGUGAUGUAGAUAGGUACAACAGUGCUGAUGAUGAUAACUUUACUCAGGCAGGAAUAUUCUACAGAGAGGUUUUGAAUGAAGAAGAAAAAUCUAGGCUUGUCAGCAAUAUCGUGCACCACGUUAUUGAUGCUAAAGAUUUCAUUCAAGAGAGAGCAGUCAAGAACUUCUCUCAGGCUGAUCCAGACUAUGGAAGGAGAAUCAAAGAAGGGCUUGCUAAGCUGAAGAAGGAACGUGCUAAGAUGUAAACAGAAAGGACUGCAAUCAUGAUGAACAUUUGAAAUUCAAUUAACAAAUGAAAACUACAUUAUUUGAGUUUGAUUGGAGAAAAAUGUAUAUGAGCAUUCCAGCAAUAAUGUAGAUUGUGUUAUAAGUGUUUUGUGUUUCCUUAUUUUAAAUAUUAGUGCAAAUUUUAUGUGAAAAUAAAUAUUUUUCUUAUGUUUA